GUUUUUGGAGGUAAGAAACUUCGAAUCAGCGCGAAGGAAGAAUGGCUUCCAAGGCGGUCGCGUCAAGAUGGACAGCGGCAGAAGUUGAGCAAUUUUGCUCAAUCACAGGUGCUGAUGAAAAUGUGGCAGAGCGAAUGUUGGAGGCUUGCAAUGGGAACAUUCAGCUUGCCAUUGAGAUGCAUAUGGAUGGAGGAGAGAUGUGUCAUAGUGGACCCCAGCCAUCGGGAUCCUCAUCUGGAGCUCCUGGGCACUCCUCCUCAACGCCUGUUGCAGACCAGGCAGUCGAGGAAGAGGACGUGAGAGCCCCAAUCCCGCAAAGAAAUGAAACACUUGUGGAGGAAACACCAGCUGGUUUUGGGCUGGCACACUUCAGUGGCCAGAUGUCGGACGACGACCUAGGGUUCCAUGGAAGAAGGAGAAAGGCUAGAUCUGUGUUUGAUGGAUUUCGAGACUUUCAGGCUGAAGCUAGGCAACAGGAGGAAAUGAUGUCAGCUGGGGCCUCUACAUUCCAAUCAAAGCGACAGACCCUAGAGGACUUGUUCCGUCCACCCAUAGACGUGAUGUACAAAGGAAGCUUUGCUAGUGCUCGAGAGCACGGUAAAACCUGCCAGAAAUGGUUGAUGGUGAAUAUACAGAAUGUUCAGGAGUUCGCAUGUCAGGCCCUCAAUCGUGACGUGUGGAGCAACAACAGUGUGAAAAGUAUCAUCAAGUCAAAGUUCAUCUUCUGGCAGGUUUACCACGACAGUGAUGAAGGGGGCAAAUACACUCAGUUCUACAAAGUGAAAAACUGGCCAUAUGUCUCCAUCAUUGAUCCACGUACAGGAGAAAAUAUGGUAACCUGGGAUAAAUUGGAUCCCAUGAUAUUUUGUGAACUAGCCAACGAGUUUCUGGCAGACAACCCAUACUGUGGAAGUGACAGUGAAACCAGUCCGUCUCCUGCCAAAAGGCCCAGGGUGGCAAGUAUUGUAGAUGCUAGUGAAGAUUCUCAACUACAAGCAGCUAUCAAAGCCUCUUUGACCAAGUCUACCUCAUCCAACCCGGUCAUCAUCGACUCCGAAUCCGACCUGGACAGUGACAAUGAUCUCGAGACCUUCACAGACUCUGAAGAUGAGGCUGAGUCAUCUACAAACUACUCUCCAGUAAAAUGUGAAUCUAAACAAAACAAUACAGACAGUGUUGUGAAAUCAUCAAAUACUGAUAAUACUUCAGGGGAACAGAUGUCGGAGGAAAAGGCCACAGAUCUCUCAGAUGAUGCCUCUCAAGACAGUGACAGUAAAGAGGAAAACACCAAAAGUGCUGACACCGAUCUCAACUCUGAAAAAUACAAGUCUUUUCUCGGAAAGGAUGACGAUCCACAAACGUCUCUGAUGAUCAGAUUUCCUGAUGGCAAACGACAACAGUGGCUCACUUCUUGUAAUUCUAAACUCAUGGCAUUAGUGUUGUAUGUCGGAUCUCAAGGUUAUCCAAACGAACGCUUCGAGCUGGUCACAAACUUUCCUAAAAGGAAGCUAUCAUACAUGGAUUUUGACAUCACUGUGAAAGACGCUGGUUUGCAUCCUCAGGAAUCUAUAUUUGUACAGGCUAGAUGAUGCAGCAUUUUCUAAAACAUAGUUGACUGGGCCAGAUUAUACAGUCGAUACAUUGGCGACAGGAUGGAAUCAUUCCGCCUAUUCUGAUACACUGGUGGCCGGAC